UUACACCACUUUUACCGUGAUAGCCUCAAUUGUUAAGUGCACUGCCUCCGAAACAAGAUCAUCGAUCUGUCCCAUUUUUUCACUUUCUAUCUGCUCAGUGCAAUCUUAUCUAACUUAUGUGUUGCGAGAUCGCAGGCGUUUAAGCUGGGCAUGUUCGGGGCGGAGUACGCAUGGCUGGUGGCGGGCGCGCCGCCGCGCAUCAGAGGCAGCGCACCGUGUGCGCGAGCGCAACUCGCGAGGGCGCUGGAAGGGCUUGUCACGGUCACUGCUCAUCGGGGUAUUGUGGGCGACGCGCCUUCUUAUUCUGGACUGACCAACGAACUGUUCCACCAAGAAAUGGAUCAAGAAGGAGCCACAGUCUCCCUCAACGCGCCCCAGACAUACGACGCGGUUUGGGCCAUGGCCCUGGCCCUGAGCCGAGCUGAACUCAUGUGGAGGACAUUGGAAGACAAUAACGGGACCAGGAAAGGAUUUGAACUGGGGCUGGGGUACUUUGAUUAUGAUAGAAAGGAUAUGGCAGAAGAGUUUUUGAAUCAAAUUGCUAAUCUGAGCUUUAUGGGUGUUUCGGGCCCUGUUUCCUUCAAUGGCGCUGACAGAAUAGGGACGUCUGCCUUUUAUCAGAUUCAAGGUGGCCGUCCAAGGACAGUGGCCCUGUACACCCACGGGCACGCGAUGGCAUGUAAAGACUGUGUGCGACCACAAUGGGCAGGAGGCAUACCAGCUGCCAGGAGGGUACUUGUGCUACGCAUGGACUCUGUUUGGGCGCCUGCAAGACUGGCAGUGGCAUCUUUAGCAGCCGCUGGAGUGUUAUUAGCACUGGCCUUUCUGGUUUUCAACUUGCAUUAUAGUAAACGAAGAUCAAUAAAGCUGUCGUCUCCCCGACUAAACAAUAUGACUUUGAUCGGGUGUGUACUCGUGUACACCGCAGUAGCGCUUCUCGGCGUCGACAGCGCCACACUUCCUCAUUUCGUGCCUUUCUCUGCUAUGUGUACAGGUAGAGUGUAUAUCCUGUCAGCUGGUUUCUCAUUAGCUUUCGGAUCAAUGUUUGCGAAAACUUAUCGAGUGCAUCGGAUAUUUAUAAGCAACCGCAGCGGUGUGUGCAAGACCAAACUUCUCCAAGACACGCCUCUGAUAUCCCUUGUCUGUGCAUUGCUAGUCAUCGACGGGAUGAUCGUCACGCUCUGGGCCAUGCUAGACCCUAUGGAGCGGCAUCUGAAGAACUUGACCGUUGAAAUCAGUGCAACGGACAGGAGCGUCGUUUAUCAACCUCAGAUAGAAAUCUGCAAAUCCCAAAACACAACGGGCUGGCUUUGCGCCUUAUACGCCUACAAAGGCCUUCUUCUCAUCGUCGGCGUCUACAUGGCCUGGGAAACCCGAAACGUCAAAAUCUCGGCACUCAACGACUCUAAAUACAUUGGAAUUAGUGUCUAUUCAGUUGUGAUAACAAGUGCAAGUGUGGUCGUUAUUGGCACUAUAAUUUCCGAGCGGGCAACGUUGGCUUAUAUUACUAUAACCAGCUUGAUUCUUAUAACAACAACGUCAACGUUAUGUUUGCUGUUUUUGCCUAAGAUUAUUGCUAUUAGAAAAAAUAAAACCGAAGAUGACCCCGUAAUACAAAGCAUGGGCCUAAAAUUAGAAUGUAAAACAAGAAGAUUCGUCACCGACGACACCCAAGAGCUUCACUUCAGGAUAGAAAUACAAAACAAAGUGUAUAAGAGAGAAGUGGCAGCGUUGGAUAAAGAGAUUGGUAGACUAGAAAAAUUGCUUGCAGAACCACUAUCAACCAGCAGUUCUAAUGCUUCUAUCGCUUUGCAUAGACGAACGGAAUUAAAUACUCUAGAUGAAGAAGGCAGCCGAAAAGACCCCGAUAGACGAACCCCAAGUAUUACAGGAGGUCUACCAAUGCUUCUCCUCUCCGUUCUGCCACCGGUCAUUCCUAGAGCCAGUUGGCCGUCAGCAGAAGCCUUCAGAAGCAGAAACUCCGUCAGCUUCAGUUCCCAACCAAAAUUGAACUACAGAAAAUCCCAACCAGCUAUAGACUUAUAUAACUUCUGUUUAAACAAGAGGGAAGAAAAUCCUGGUCUGCUUAAAAGACUAAAGAGUUUCUUCGGCCACAGUAGACCGCAGAGCAGAAAAGCUUCCACAAUGUCUAUAGCUGACCCUACAGGACAGAGUAUAGCGGCAGCGUUUAAAAUGCACGUGGGAAUGAUCACUGGUCUUGUACCAGGGAACAGAAAACACUCCAUGGUCUUAUCUUGCAAUACUUUGCACGUACCAAAUCCAGAAAUGAAAUUACGGAGAGAAUCGUUCGCUAGAAGUGGGCCUAUUAUAAGAAUAACUGACGAUGAACCCAGUUGCUCAAAUUAUCAGCCAGAAAGAAGAGUAAGUACACAAAAGUAUGUUGCUGAACCAGAAACGAAGGUCAAUUUCGUAUUACCAAUGAACGAAAAACCGAUAUCGCAUCAGAAUUCAUAUGAAAAAAUCAAGGGUUCGCCUAGGUUUCCACAUAGAAUAUCUCCAAAAGGAGCAAGCCUAACAACUCUGGAUAGAAGGAAGACAAGUACAGAUAGCGUUUUUAGUAUAACGCCCAAAGUUUUUGACGAACAAAGAAGAUACAGUCAUCAAAAUGUUUCGAAUCAAGAGCAGAAGGGAAAAGCUAUCUUGGAAAGUAGAUGGAAAUCCACUGAAGAUGCUAGACCAGGGCCUUCUUCGGGGAAUUGAGAACAUACAAACGUGGUAAAGACUAGAUAAUGUAAAUGUAGAGCUGGCUCCAGUUUGAAGGGUCCAACCACGGAAGGGUUGCUACUAUACGGCUUUGAUCCAAGUUUGAAAGCUUUAGAUGACUAUUAUAAAACGCCAAUAACACUAUUUGUUUUUGUACGUUACUUGUGUAAAAUUGAGAAUAUUUUGGAAAGUCAUAAACGCGUACCAUCGUCGAUCAUAUUAUUAUCGCUUUACAUCAGGUGUGAUUUAGAAAAAUUAAGUUUCCGUAAUAUUCUGCUACUUAGUAGAUUCUAGUUUGUAGCUUGGACGUAGGUCGAGAUCCCAAAUAUAAGUCAUUUCCCUGUAGCAUAUUAAAAUGUAUAGCAAUAUUUUCUUAUAGAAAACGUACAUAACUUUACUUAUCACGCUCAAGAGGUCUUCAAAGUAUAUCAAUCGUAUCAAGUAUUUAGUGUAGAUUGUAUUGUUGUGUAAAUAAAGUAGUAUGUGCAAAGACAUCAUGAUUAUCAUGAAAGAAAAAAAGGAAUAUUAACACCAAAGAGUAGAUUUUAGAUUGCUUUUGCUAAUUUUACAGCUACCUUGGUUGGUUUAGUUUUUUAAAAGUGGCCUACUUAGACGUUUGACGCUGUAUAGUCUGAUUUCUAACAUUUAUGGCACUUUUAGCACUAGCGUUCGUAUUAAAGCCGAAGCGUGGUUAGUGUGGGGUCUUUUAUUUUACCUUACUGUUCUAUUAAGGCAACAGCCAGUUAACAUAGAAACUCAUCGACGCCUUGGACGUCAAUCAUAACAUAAUAGUUUUAUCGAUUCUAGAGGGUUUUGUGGUAUCUAUUAUAUUUUAUGACCUUUUUUCUAUUUUAUAUUGAUAAUGUUUACAUAAUAAGGCCAUUAAAUAUUAAUUGUAGCGUUAAACUUGGAAGCAAUAUAAAUAUUAAUUAGUAUAAGAAUUUAUUUUUAGAUAAAGAAAAAUGUAUCAGAACUUUCGCCCUUAUUUUAAGAGUGGUACUAGAGACGUGUUCAAAUUUUAUAUAACUGAGCUCUUUAUGUUAAAAUCUAGAUAAAAUGUACGGGUAAAUUAGUUGAGUGU